UUAAAGUAGGUAAACAAUUUUUUUAUGGAUUUUGUUAUAACAUGAAGUAAAUGAAUGUAAUUCGAAAUGGUGGAGGAUACAAAUUUAAAUUCCAACAAAACGAAGGUGAAGACCACCCGACCUAAGGCAGUGUAUCUAUGGACAGAAGCAGAUGUCCAAAAGUGGUUACGUCGCCACUGUAGUGAUUACUACAGUUUGUACUGGGAGAGAUUUCAUGAGCAUGACAUUACUGGCAGAGCGCUGGUUCGUAUCAACGACAAUACCCUGCUCCGCAUGGGCAUCACCAACAAAGAUCACAGGGAAGCAAUAUGGAGGGAGAUCCUAAAACUGAGACUCAAGACUGACAUCGUAGAAAUAAGAGAUUUGGAGAGGCGGCACUACUAUUUUAACUAUGAUUUGUGAUGAAAUGUGAUGGUAAUGUAAAGGUUUAUGAGUAAAACUAUAUUAAUAUUAUGCCUAUGAAAUAGUAUUUUUAUGU